GUUCGCUUCCUAAAAAACCCUGUCAUCGAAAACCCUAGAAAAAACCUUGAGGGGGAUCGUCGCCUCCCUCCCCUCAAACCUCAACCAUGGGUGGAUCUCGAAGAAAACUCAAAAGAAAUCGGGCCAAGGUCAAAGUCGCUCUCCCGAAGAAAAAGCCCGGCGUCUUCAAGCCCGCGUUCACGAUCCCCGAGCCCCUUCUGUCCUCCUCCGACGAGAAGCGAGAAUGGGACGAAGCCGGCAGCGUCAUCAGAAACUACCGAUCCUUCGGCGUCGUUUCGAACCCUAAUCUCCUCGGUGUUCGCGCUCGGACUCCUCAGAUUGUCCAGUGCUCUUCGCUUCAGGUCCCGAAUCACGACGAAGAUCUCGGUUCCAUCGAUAGCGGCAGCGAUCUCGAGAGUGAUGAUCUGAAAGCUGCACUUGGGAAGAAAAGGAGGGAUGGGAAAGCUGCACCUUUGCGACCACUGACAACUAUUCAACGUGUUCACAUUGGCAGAUUGAUUGAGAAAUAUGGUGAUAAUUACCAGGCAAUGUUCAAGGAUAUAAAGCUAAAUGCGAUGCAGCACUCCGCAGUGACUCUGAAAAAACUCUGCCAGCGAUAUUAUGCGCGUGGGAAAUGCUAUGUAAACGUAAAGUAACCUCUCACUGACCCAGGGGUUAAGAUUAUUAUAGCCUCUACUCUACUGUUUCAGGAUUUCGGACAGCGAUAGCUCAACGGUUUGAAGAUGCAUUCAGACUAACUUUGCCGAAGAUGAACGGAUUUAAGUCUUCAUUUUACUCGAGGUUGACAUUAAAAUCAGGGUUUAGUUGUCUAGCUCUUUUCUACCCCUUCUAUAACUCCGGAGAGCUUAGAAUUGAUGAAUUGAUGUAGUUGUCUUGAGUGCUAAAUCUCCUUUGUACGUGCAAGGCAGUAAUUGGCCGUCCGAGUGCCCAAAUGGAACGGUGUAACUUGGGAUGGUUGCAUCUCAAUACGGCCGACUCUUAGUCCGCCCAUUUCA